UAAGACCGUGGCUGUGAUAGUGUGUAUACUGAUAAAUGAUAAGAGCGCUUUUACAAUUUUCUUAUCAUACUCCGGGAGAACUAGAAGUCUAGAAUGUUCCCAUCGUCAGAUGAAUCAUGAAUACAUGAAUCGUUCCCGUCUCUAAACUAGUAUUAGUGAACGCUCUACUGAAGCUGCAACACCAUUCACCAUCGCGAUGAAAUAUUUAAGUCUGUACCACUCUGUACUCUGUUCUCUGUAGUCCAUGAUAUCUAUAUUUCUACAUUCUAAAUCAGUUAUUUUUUGUCAGUAGAUUUAAGAUUGUUUGAAAUUGAUUAGGUACCUAUAUAGUUAAUAUUUAUAUUAUUAUGCUCUACUAGUUUCGGAUUCUAGUCUAUGAUUGGAUUUUUAUAUCAUAUAUAUCUAUUAAAAAUGACGUCGUUGAAAUUACUACAAUCAUUAGUGUUAAAAAAUGAUUUUUUUACCAAAACAUUAUCUAAACGAGAGUAUUACCGUCUUUUCAAUCGAUCACAGUUUAAAAUUGAUUUACUUCAACAUCAUAUAAAAUUCUACUCUUAUGGCAAYCUCAACAUACACCAGUCUUAUAUGUCUAGACGUUUUUCUGUGUCUAAUAAUCUAACUGAAAUAGAUUUUGAACAAGCRUGCAAUGAAACAUUAGAAUCGUUAUAUGAAUAUUUUGAACAAAUUGUUGAAGAUAACCCACAACUUGAAAACCCUGAUAUUUUAUUUAGUGAUGGUGUGUUAACAAUUCAAUUAGGUGAACCAUAUGGCACAUAUGUUAUUAAUCGACAGACACCAAAUAAACAAAUUUGGUUGAGUUCACCAAUAAGUGGUCCAAAACGAUAUGAUUUUAAUGGUACAAAAUGGAUUUACAAACAUGAUGGUGUCAGCUUACAUGAAUUACUGACUUCUGAGCUAUCUAAACAAUUUUCAUUUGAUGUAAACUUUUCUAAAUGCAUAUUUAGUGGUAACUUAAGUAAAUAGUUGUAUUAUAUUAAUUUGUUAAUAAUAAGUAAAUAUUACAAACCGUAGUUUGAGUUGUUAAAAUUAAAAAAUAUAUAUCUAUAUUGUUCAAACAGUUACUAAUCAAGGUUAUGAAAUUUUGAGUGCCUGAUUUAUCACCUUUUUCCAUAUUUUGUUGUUGAUCAUUAACCAUUUGAAAAAACUUGUAAAAUUAUACCUCAGCAGUCAAUCAUUAUUGCUGGACUAAGAAUAUGGUAGGCAAAACUGAAAAUUAAUAAACAUAAAUGCUUUAUUUUAUGUUAUCUAUAUCUUAUGUAGUAAUUACAAUACAAUCAUUAACAAUGUCUAUAUCGAAUUCUUAUAGAACAUUUUCAUGUAGUCAGAAAUAAAUUUAGUAUCAUGAAUUAUUAUUUUACCUAACUUAAUGCUAUUUUUUAGAAUGUUUCAAUGGGUUAACAUUGGCUAUUCAUGAGAAAGUAAUAUUUGAUCCUGAAAAAUGUAUUGAUAUUAUAUCUCAAAAAUCAAGAUAAGGGUACCUAUAUUACUUCUAUAAAUGAAUAGUUCUAAGAAAUAAUUACAUUUAUUAAAAUUAAUCCAAGGUAAUUAUGUUGUAUUUAAAUAUUAUAAUAAUAAACUUAUUAUUAAGUCAUACACAAAAAUGACAUAAGAUCAAAAAAAUAGAUAUAAAAAAAGUAAAGCCAAAUUAUAAAUUCUUUGAUUCAGCUCAUAAUAUGUUAGGUGGUCAUACCCCCUGUAUUAUACAUGAAAGUACCUACUCUAUUUCAACUGUAUGUCUCAUUGUCCCAACAUAAGCUUCCAAAUAUAUCUAUGGUUGUACCUAGAAAAAAUUAUAAAGAAAAAGACAACAUUUAAAAUGUAAUCACCAUUUAUCUGUUUUAAAUAUCAGUAAAUGUAUUAUUAUGCAUUUGUAGAAUAACAUUGUUUUUGCCAUAUUAUUAUGUUAAACAAUUUGUAUGUAUCAAAUUUGAUUAUUUAAAUUUAAAGUUAUGUUUGCUUUUUUUUAUAUGGAUCACAGCUAGYGCAUAGAGGUGACAAUGAUCAAUAAUUAGAUAUAAUAUAGGUCAAUAUGUGUAUAUUAUUUGUGUAUAGGUAUAUGGUUUUAUUUUUAAUGCCAGUCUCUAUGAAAUAUUUAUAAAAAUAUUAAAUUUUGUUAGUUUUUACCCAGUCUUUCAUGAUUUUCUGUUUGGAAAUAUUUAUCUGAAAAAUAUUUGACUUUAUAUUAUUGAUGG